AUGGAGAUGUCGGCGUUUCGUGCUACCUAUCAUGCAGAUGGCACCCGCCAUUUGGAUUCAUCCCUUCUUUCCCUCCCUCCCCUUCGGACCGCACCCGCCCCCUGGAUUCAUCCCAUCCUUUUCUCCCUCCCCUUCAGAUCGCAUCCCCCCCUGCAUCCACCCCUUCUUUCCCUCCCACGCAAGCAGAUAGCACCCGCUUCAACUCCUCCUUUCUCCCCUCCCCUUCAGAUCGCACCCGCCCUGUGGAUUCAUCCCCUCCUUUCCCCCCUCCCCUCCAGAUCCCCCCACCCCCCUUGGAAUCAUCCCUUUUUUCCCUCCCUCCCCUUCAGAUCGCACCCGCCCUUUGGACUCAUCCAACCCUUCCCCCCCUCCCCUUCGGAUCGCACACGACCUUUGGAUUCAUCCCCUCCUUUCCCCCCUCGAUUCAGAUCGCACCCGCCCUUUGGACUCAUGCAACCCUUUCCCCCCUCCCCUUCAGAUCGCACCCGCCCUUUGGACUCAUGCAACCCUUUCCCCCCUCCCCUUCAGAUCGCACCCGCCCUUUGGACUCAUGCAACCCUUUCCCCCCUCCCCUUCAGAUCGCACCCGCCCUUUGGACUCAUGCAACCCUUUCCCCCCUCCCCUUCAGAUCGCACCCGCCCUUUGGACUCAUCCAACCCUUUCCCCCCUCACCUUCAGAUUGCAUCUGCCCUGUGGAUUCUUUCCCUCCUUUCCCCCCUCCCCUCAGAUCCCCCCACCCCCCCUGGAUUCAUCCCGUCUUUCCCCCCUCCCCUUCAGAUCGCACCCGCCCUUUGGAUUCAUCCCCUCCUUCCCCCCCUCCCUUCAGAUCCCCCCACCCCCCUCGGAUUCAUCCCUUCUUUCAAUCCCUCCCCUUCAGAUCGCACCCGCCCCUGA